AUGAAGAUUAGAUUAAGGACACCCGAGCAAAAAACCUUUGAGGUCGAUAUAGAUCCCCAGGACACCAUCCUUAACCUUAGGGAAAAGGUUGGGAUCCUGGCAGAACACCGAGCGAACAUUUUGAAGCUCUUGUACGCGGGAAGAACGCUGGCCGAUGAUCAAAAAACCAUUGAGUCCCUGAACCUCAAGGAGAAUCACUGGAUCUUCAUUCAGCUGUUACAAACGCAUGAAUUUGUCUCUGCGCAAGCCAAUACGAGUGCUACCUCCGAACCGACCGCUUCUCUGCCGACAUUGAACGCGCCCGAACAUCCGCGUGAGGGUGGAAUUGAUAGUAAAAGUGAUGAGAUACAACAGAUACAUACAUCACCACAUGGCAUCAAAGGCUCUGGUUACACUGGCUCCUUUACUGCGCGUGCAACACCUCAACAAAUAGUCAAGGAUUUGGUAUACAUGAGCUCUGACCAAGAUGAGCUAGUGCAGGCUUUAAGAGCUAGUUUUCGAGACAGCGAACGCGCCGCCAAACGCGCCGCAACCGGGGCUCGCGGGGGCUCGUUUACGUCGUCCGACCCAUUUUCUGGAUACGAUAUUCCCAGCGGCGGUUUCAUUAUCUGUAGGCCACAGCCCACAGAAUUACCAGGUCAUAUUCGAGAGACAGAUCCCAAGGAUCCCGAUGAGCGCUUUAGCCCGACUAAAUGUGAGCUAGCAUUCCCAAGUUCUGAUGGUCACGCAGAGCUGGCUGAAGGAACCAUGCCUGAGGAACUUAGGGCACCUACUACCGUCAAUACGCGUCCACCCAGCAUUGGUCCUGAGGGAGGUCGUGUUACUAUCGAGUCCCUUCAAAGCGAUUCCCUCGUACAACUGAUUUGCGAUCAUGCUCACAUGCAUCCCGAUAUUGUACAUUGUCUCAUUGAGGAACUUAUUCAAUCAAAACCGCAAGUUGCAUCGCUUAUGAUGACCCUUAUGAUGACGGAUCCAGAAAGAUUUACCAUGAUCUUCGGCCCAGAUAAUCGUCUGGGGAGAAUACACUAUGGCGCCGAUUUCACAAAAGAAGAGAAAGAGGUGCUCAAAAGGCCUCUUCCAGCUUGA